UUUUUUGACAAGACUAUAAUUAAAAGUGAUAAAAAACUUCCAUCAGAACAACGUAAUAUCGACAUAAUAAGGGGAAUUAAAUUUGGAGAACUUUUACAAUAUAUAGGAGCUAAAAAAGAGAAUGAAAUUAUUUUAUGGCUAAAUAAUCAUGAGAGAAAAUUGAAUGAACAUUUAAAAAUAAAACAUAAUGAUUUGGAAACACAAGAAGGUGUUCAAUAC